AUGACAAAAAGUCUGCCUACGGAUCCUUUGACUGAUGCAUCUAGUGUUUUAAAUGUGAACAAAGUUCAACUCGGAGAAAAAGGGUUUGAAAAUUUUGAAGAUAUAGGAGGCCCAGUUUAUUUACAAACUGACUAUAAUGGAAAUAUAACUGCUCAAGCUCUUGGCCAUAUAGCAAGCUUUUUUACUGAUAAUAGCACUUAUAAUA